UCUAACAGAAGCUAAGUGUUGCUCUGUAAAUAGGAUUGUGGGAGUGAAUCCUGUUUCCCAUAGAAAGUGCAGCCACGGAUGCCUAUAAUGUAAGGUGUGCUCGCUGAGACUGACCUGUGCACGAACAGCCACUUACCUGCAUGAUAUUGUUAAAGUAAUGGAUGAAAAGGGAUCCGGCUGCUUUUUGAAGAACAAUUCGGCAAGUCAAGUUACUAGAAAGCAAGCACUGACUAUGAAGGUCCCAGUGCAAGGAUUAGGUUCUCAUUUCAACAAAGCUUCAAAUAAUACGUUGGACCUCAGCAAGAAAAACCUGCAUUGCCUUGAUGAAGACCUUUACAAAAGCAACCGUUACCUACAGAAUUUACAUUUAGAAGGGAAUUCUCUGAUCUCAGUUCCUGAGAAACUCUUUCUUCAGCUGCAGCACCUUGUGUGGUUGGAUCUUCGAUACAAUAAAAUUACAAGCCUGCCACAAACCAUCGGAGAACUAAGGUAUCUGAAGUCCCUUCUUUUGGAAGGAAACCCUAUCAAGGCAUUGCCAGUUGAACUAGGUGACUUAUCUACGCUCAAAGCUUUAAAUCUUAGACAUUGCCCACUUGACUUUCCCCCACAAGAUAUCGUACAGAAAGGAAUUGAGUCCAUUUUGUUAUUUCUUCAAAACGCAAAGACUGCAGUUCAUCUGACUUCUGAAGUGGAGGAAUCAACAGAAAUGGAGUUUGUUGAGAAGCUGAAACUAAGUGAACUGAAAAAUAGCGUGGAUAUGUCGGAUGAAUGCGAAAGUGAUGAAGAGAGAAUUAGGUUUGAGAUGCUAAAAAAUAGACUUAAACAGCAAGAAAUGGAGGAAAUCGUUGAAAAUCUCACAUUAGGCCUUCAAGCUAUACCGCAUGUAACCCGUGACCAAAUAAGAAAGGAAAAAGGUGGCUUUCUCACCGAAUUAAGAUACGGCGUGCCUACAGAGGGUAGCAAAGCACUUAGACAUGCAGAAGAGAAAGAAAGACUUGCUGUGAUCAAUCGGAGACAAAAAGAUAGAGAAACUCUUGAAGAAUGGCAAAAACAAACCAAGCUAAUGAAAGACAAUGUAAAAAAGAAGAAGAAAGCAAAUCACGAAGAGGUACCUGCGGCCAUUCCUCCUUAUGCCAUAGAUUUGGACCAAAACGGGGAUAAUUGCGACAAGCAAAAGACUCUUGUGUCUGAAAAACAGGAGAUGAAUCCAGGAGUCGUGUCAGCGAAAUCAUUAAGGCAGUUGGAGAACGAAAGAGCCUCCAGGGACCGUAGACUGGAACAACGUAUCAGAGAGCAUAUUCAGGACAUGCAAGAACGGAGGAGGAACCCACGGGGUACAGCACAAGAGGAAAUGGAAGCUGCCAGAAAAGAAUUAGAAAUGGCCACAUUGCUUCAAGACGAAAUAUUACAACGAAAACACGAGCAAGAGACACCACUCGAGUAUCGUUUUACUGCAUUUACAGGAGACGUUUUCCCAUCUCUAUAAGCGCAAACUAAACCACCAAGCAUCUUCACAGAGACGCUGUACACCAAUUUAUUAAUUUUUUUACAUCAACCAAAAUUGACUUUUUCCCUCUUUAAAAUGUGAAAGAUAUUAAAUAUUAUAAUUGGGAAAAACCAAGUUGUUUCCAACAGGCUGUACAAAAUAUAGGUUUGCUAUCAUUUGGUAUGUAAAGAGACAAUAGCAAUAUGUAAAUGUCAAAACAUCUGUUAAAGACCUUUUAUUUCUCACUUUAGCCUUGCUUUAAGUUUUUUAAAUCAUUUUUUUCAAAUCAUCACUAUCUGUUAGAAAAACUUUUCCAACGGUUUAUUCACAAAACAAAUCCUAUAGGCUUUCAUGGUGACUUCUGUAGAUAAAUCAUUUGUAAAAAAAAAAUUCCAGCAGAUUGUGAACGUUUUGAAAACUUUUCCAAAAAUAUAAAAUUGAUGCCAUUGUCAGGGAUAUUUACUAAAGUGAAAAUAGUCAGAAUUCAAAGUGAUUUCAUAGUUAAUUCCAAUUUAAAGACUAGAAUAGCCAAAUUAAAAAAAAAUCUCCAGGUCCGCUAUGUGACCAGUUCAGUUAUUUUGGCCUAACGGGAAACUCCGCCGC